CUGAGACUAUUAGAAACAUCUUCUCAGGACUACUGGUGAGUGCGCAUCUCUUUUGACAUAGUCAGUCGAGGUUGCGUCAAGAUCUCUUCAUUCAAUUUGUCUUUGAAAACAUUCUCAUAUCAAAAGAAACGAAAUAUCAUUGAUUUUGUCAAGAUUCGUGUUUCACGACUAGCGAAUUGAAAUAAACCCAAGAUGCGGUCUUCUGUUUUACUGUUAGCAGUUGGCGCUGUAUUUAUUGCAUCAUUAUUAAUCGAGCAAUCAGCUUCGGAACAGGUUGAUUGUAAUGGUUGCGCGUCGUGCAGACCCACUUGUGAAGGCGAAAAAGGAGAAAGGGGAGUGCGCGGCCCAACUGGACAACAAGGAGUCCAAGGUAUCCCGGGACAUCGAGGUGAAGAAGGGCCACAAGGCGUAAGAGGACUAAAGGGAGAGGAAGGUGAAGCUGGACCUGUAGGACCUAAAGGAAAUAGGGGGAAAAUGGGUCAUCCUGGACAUAAUGGAAGGCCUGGUAGUCCGGGUAUCCCUGGUAAUGAGGGACCUCGUGGUGAUCCUGGAGAUCCCGGAUGUAACGGAACAAAAGGCGAACCUGGCCGACCAGGUCCCAUUGGCGAAACAGGAAACACUGGUCCAAAGGGUUUUCCUGGACAACGCGGAAUGAAGGGAGAACCAGGAAAGACCAGUGGAUCGCGACAAGGAGUGAAGGGUGACCAAGGAGAGAGGGGUGAAACCGGAGCAAAGGGAAUUGUUGGGCCUGAAGGACCGAAAGGCGAAAAGGGAGACAAAGGAAUGGAAGGCGACAGGGGUGGAAGAGGUAUCAAAGGUGCCAGAGGAAUGAAGGGUGAAAUGGGAAUCCGUAUUGAAAGUAAAGGACAAAAGGGUGAGAUAGGUCAACCUGGCUUGCCUGGUGAACCAGGGAAUGUUAGCUUACCACUUACCAAAGGAGGAAAAGAAGGUCCGAUUUUCAAAGGAACAAAGGGUGAGAAGGGUGAACGAGGGAUGACUGGAAAUAGCGGCCAAAAGGGUGAUCAGGGACCGCAAGGCGACCCAGGCAGUCGUGGCGAAAAAGGAACGACUGGACCACAAGGAGAUUCUGGUCCAAGAGGCGCAAUGGGAAAAACUGGGGACAAAGGCGAUAGGGGAUCUGAUGGAAUCAAGGGGCCUCAGGGUGAAACAGGGGAGCGAGGGCCAAUUGGUGAUCCAGGACCUACAGGACCACCAGGGGAAAACGGUCUACCAGGCCCUGAGGGACCACCGGGUACUGGACCGCCCGGUCCUGAUGGUGAGAAGGGUAAUGAAGGACCUCGAGGAAUGCCAGGUUUGAAAGGGGAUUCGGGUGUUAAAGGUUCGGCUGGGAACCCAGGUUCUCCUGCUACUGGCUUACCAGGCGAGAAGGGUGAAAGAGGGCCACAAGGAGAUAGAGGAGAAGAUGGAAAACCAGGUAUUGCUGGCAUGAAGGGUCCCGAAGGACCUAAAGGUGAACCUGGAACACCGGGUACAGACGGAGAAAAAGGUUCACGUGGUUUGGAUAUGGAGGGCAAACCCGGUAUGGAUGGUCAACCUGGACAGCGUGGCGAUUCUGGACAAAAGGGAGAUAAAGGAACAGAAGGACCGCGAGGACCUCCGGGACCGACAGAUACAGUGACGGGUCCACAGGGCGAACCUGGACCACAAGGAGAUAAGGGAGAUAGGGGGGUACCUGGUCAAGAUGGCCAACCCGGUGGACGUGGUGCAAAAGGUGACGAAUGUAGUACCUGUCCACUCCCACAACCUGGAGCUAAAGGUGAACCAGGCCCUCGUGGUGCUGAUGGGACACCUGGUACAGCGGGUGAGUUUGGAUUAAAAGGCGCAAGAGGAGAGAGAGGCGAACAAGGCCAGCCCGGUCUUCCUGGAGCUAUGGGUGUGCAGGGUGACACUGGUGAUAAUGGUGCAAAAGGAGCCAGUGGUGAAAAGGGCGAAAAGGGUGAUGUAGAGAGAAUUACCGGUCAAAAGGGCGAGAAAGGGGAUAGAGGGACAAAAGGAAGAAGAGGGCAAAGUGGAGAAUCUGGUUUACCUGGAAGUCAAGGUGAUCGCGGUGAAGAAGGUGUUAAAGGUGUCAGAGGUAGCAAGGGUAACCAAGGUGGCAAUGGUGCUCCAGGGAUAAUGGGGGAGAAAGGUGAACCUGGAAACCGAGGAUCGCGUGGUGACAGCGCUGAGAAAGGAAACAGAGGUCCACAGGGUGAAAGGGGUGAUACAGGAAUAGAGGGACCACAAGGACCUCCAGGUGAUUGUAAAGACGACUCAACUAACCAGCCAACGGACAAAGGAGAAAUAGAAGGUGAUCCUGGCCCGAAGGGUGAUGAUGGUAAAGAUGGCAAAGAUGGGGAAGAUGGUGAAAAGGGAGAAAAAGGAAAUCCAGGUGGGGUUGGUGAAUCUGGAGACCCUGGGGCAAGUGAAAAGGGCGAACAGGGUAUGAAGGGUGAGAAAGGAGCAAAAGGAGAAGUUGGUUCCUUUACAGUAGGUGGGAAAGGGGAACCUGGAAAGCCUGGAGGGGACGGUAGUAGCGGAGACAAAGGUGAUAGGGGUGAACAAGGACCUCCAGGAAAAGCUCAAGAUAAAGGUGAAAAGGGUGAGAAGGGAGUACCGGGAGUAAAAGGACCAUCAGGACCACCAGGUGCGAUAGGUAUGCCCGGAGCUCCUGGCGCUCUCGGAAAGAAAGGUGAUGAAGGUGAACCUGGUUCACCCGGAAAGGAUGGUAGAGAUGGCAACGAUGGUGUUGGGGGAGCGAAAGGGGACAAGGGCAAUUCAGGUCCCGCCGGCGAGGACGGUUUUCCAGGUACAAAAGGUGACGCAGGUGCAGCCGGGCCAAAGGGUGAUACUGGACCCAAGGGUGUAACUGGACCUCCAGGAUUCAGAGGUGAAAAGGGAGACCAAGGUGUGCCUGGUAACCCUGGUGAAAGGGGUGUAGAAGGUCCGGUUGGCCCUCCUGGUGAGAAUGGUUUGAAGGGAGACAAAGGAGCACCCGGUAGUGAGGGACCAAAAGGGGACACGGGGGAACCCGGUGCAGAAGGGCCACGGGGCCCUGAAGGACCACCUGGGGAAAAGGGUCGUAUGGGUGGUGAGGGUCGACCAGGAAAAGAUGGUGCACCCGGACCUCAAGGAGUGGAAGGAGAUGUUGGAUUACCGGGUAAUCCAGGACCUGAAGGACCACCAGGUCCACAAGGAAAUAAAGGCGAGAGAGGCCCCAUUGGCAAGGGGGAUAAAGGAAGUCCAGGACCCACAGGUGACAAGGGUGGUCUUGGUUUCCCCGGAGUGAAGGGAGAGCCUGGAAAUCUUGGAAAUGAUGGAGACAGAGGACCUCAAGGAAAUCCUGGAGAAGCAGGCGAUCAAGGCGAGCCAGGUCAAAAAGGAAACAUAGGGAUCUCAGUGUCUGUAAAAGGGGAUCAAGGAGAGAGAGGAGAGCAAGGUCCACCAGGUAUUCAAGGACCACAAGGUGAACAAGGACCACCUGGUACAGGAUCCGAUGGCCUCAAGGGAGCCAGAGGCGACAAAGGUGAUGUAGGCCCCAAGGGGAUUGAAGGUGAACAAGGAAUAUCCGGUAAUAAAGGUUCUAGCGGUCCUGACGGACCCCGGGGACCUCAGGGUGACGCUGGAUCACGAGGCGAAAAGGGAGCCACAGGUCCACCAGGUCCUGCUGGAGUAAAAGGAGGGGAUGGAGAGAAAGGAAACGAGGGUGUAGCUGGUGAUAAGGGUGAUAUAGGACCUCAGGGCUUAACUGGACCUCAAGGUCCAGAGGGUCCUAUUGGACCACCAGGACAAGACGGUCCUAGAGGCGAAAAAGGUGAUGUUGGUGUCCCAGGUAUUAUCGGCAAACCAGGACAAGAUGGACCCCGUGGCGAUACAGGCUUAACUGGUGGUAAAGGUGAUCCUGGUCCUCGAGGUCCUAGCGGUGAUAAAGGUGCUCCCGGAGUUGCAGGGCCUACCGGAGAUAAGGGACGUGAUGGAAAUCCCGGUCCCCGGGGUCCUGAUGGUGAUAGCGGGGAUAAUGGAGCGCAAGGUCUUAAGGGUGACAAAGGCAAAAAAGGAGAGAAAGGAACGGGAACAGGAAUACCUGGACCUGAAGGAGCCCAAGGGGAAAAAGGCAAUCAAGGGCCUUCUGGCCAAGAUGGAUUCCCUGGUGACCCUGGUCCAAAUGGUGAUCCUGGCCGAGCUGGUGAUGUGGGUGCACCCGGAAACGACGGACCUCCCGGAGCUGAUGGUUCCCAAGGCCCUAGAGGAGACGUCGGCCCAAAUGGAAUUAGAGGAGACAUAGGUCCCCCAGGACAAAUGGGUGAAAAAGGAAGGCGUGGUUCUCCAGGCCAGGGAGAUUUUGGUUUUAUGUUAACAGUUCACAGCCAAGCUAGCUCUAUCCCUGAAUGCCCCAGCGGUACGACGCGAAUGUGGGAUGGUUACAGUUUAUUGUAUAUCCAAGGAAACGAACGUGCACAUGGUCAGGAUCUUGGUGAAGCUGGUUCCUGCAUACGAAGAUUUAGCACUAUGCCUUUCUUGUUCUGUAAUAUUAACAACGUUUGUAAUCUUGCCUCACGAAACGACUACAGUUAUUGGUUAGCAACAACUGAACCAAUUCCAAUGAUGCCAGCCAGAGAACAAGCGGUUGAAAAAUAUAUCGGACGUUGUUCUGUAUGUGAAGCUCCGUCUCAUGUCAUUGCUGUUCAUAGCCAGUCUACGUUAGAUCCAAAUUGUCCUGAAGGAUGGGAAGCUUUGUAUGGUGGAUACAGUUUCCUUAUGCAUAUCAGCUCUGGAUCAGAAGGUGCUGGUCAAUUGCUAUCCUCACCAGGCUCCUGUUUGAAAGACUUCCGCGCCAAUCCCUUCAUUGAAUGUCACGGGCGUGGCACGUGUCAGUUUUAUGCCAAUACAUACUCGUACUGGAUGACGACGGUUGAAGCCCAGAAUCAAUUCAGAACACAACAGCCAGAAACCCUCAAAGCCAACAAUUUACGAAGCCGCAUUAGCAAGUGCACAGUUUGUAUGAAAUCAAUCCCCGAUGUCGGAAAUGUCGGAAACCUUUAAAGACAAAAUUAGACAGAGUACUUAACCUGGAUAUGAACAAAUAUUCUUAAGUUCUUAUCGUUAAGUAUAAAGAUAACAAUAUGAUUACGUUCUAUUUUUCUGUUUCCUUUGUACAAAAUGUGCAAAAUACUGUAGGAGUUUAGAAAUUUGCAGAAUUUAAGCAUAUAUAUUUCUGCUUCGAUAAACUGGGCGUGCGCUGCCCUAAAGUUUCAAAACUGAAUAAAUACCUCUAAACCAAAUUGGCAAAUGGCUACAUAUUGCUCUACAUGUUCUUUUGUGAUAGUAUUUGAAGCGUGUGAAAUUUUAGCGCGAUAUAUUGGGAUUUUUAGGAUUAUGAAUAUAGACUUACAAUUAUAUAUCAUAAUUACAGGAAGUUAGUUUAGGUCUAGUUUUAAAAAAUGUAUCAUUUAUUAGUUAAAAAAUAUUCGAAAGUAUUAUUGAUUAAGAGAUAAUUUGCAAUGUGAUUUCUUAAGUACAUUUCAAUAUAUACCAAAUAAUUCAUGAUAUAUAUACCAAAUAAAAUGUAAGUUUAUGAUGAGGAAUAUAUGUAAUAGAAUAAUUUUGAU